UAGAACAUUUUCAAAUUCGAUUUAAACUCGUUUUAAACCAUUGAUGGGAAAACCUUCAAAAAUACCAGUUUUAUGUUAUUUUUGACAUAGAUUACAUGGACAUAUUUAGGGACUGUUUGCAGUUUAAGAAUGGCAUUUUUAUUCAUACUUUUAACCGUAUUUUACUUGGUAAAUUCUAAAGAACAUGGCGCUUGUGAUUUUGGCAACCUUGGUCAAAGCUGCAAAAAUAGCACUAUAUUUAUUGUGGACUGCUCACGGAGUAACAUAUCAACUAUUCCCCUUUUUCCACUUGGUGUACAUGUCGUCAAUCUCAAAUUUAAUCAAAUUGAAAUAAUCAGAAAUGGAACUUUUCAAAUGCUACAAAAUCUUACCGAGUUAGACCUUUCCUUUAAUCAGUUGGUCGAGAUAGAAAGAGAUGCCUUUGUUGGAUUAAAUAGAUUACAAAAACUGAAUCUGCAAAAUAAUACACUCAGAUACAGUUUCCUGUCCUUCCCAGAUUCAGUGUUUACAUCCUUGAUAUCAUUGAAGUAUUUAAAUAUAAAGUUUAAUAACAAACCUGCAGAAGACAACUUAGAAUUACUGCAAAGUGAGAUAUUUGACAUACACGUAGAAACAUUAGAAACACUUGAAAUUGACGUGUUGUUUCCUGUUAAUUCAACAGACUCUGGUAUUUUUCCAUCAAAUAUCACAAGUUUGAAAGCACUGAUUACGGGCAUUUGUGUGAUUACUGAACUCCAAGAAAACACGUUUGAUAAUCUUAAAAAUUUAGAUUAUAUCGAUUUAUCAUCGUGUCCAAUAGAAACAUACAGAAGUAAUGUUCUGCAGUAUAGGUAUAUCAAAUAUUUAGAUUUAUCGAACACGCAAUUUUUGUCGGACGAUGUUAGCUUUUUUGCCUUUAUGCACGACAUUAACACAUGUGCUCUUGAUACACUCGUUUUGUCAAAUACUGUAACAGACUAUGAUGAGGUCUUCCACCAUUUUAUUUCAACUCUUUUUAAGUAUUUGUUCUAUACAGAAAUACGAGAAUUGCGUUUAAGCUAUAAUAGUUUGGUGAAAAUAGAAUGGCGAACCGAUGAAAUAUCUAGUGAUAUGGCGAAAAUAGAUUUGUUACAUACAAAGACAGAACAGCAUGUAUACAAUUAUGAUAUUCCAAGUACUCUUCAAACCCUAGAUCUUUCACACAAUUCUCUCAUCCGAUUUGCUUAUCCAAUGGAGAAUGUUGUGUGUUUGAAUUUAAGCCAUAAUAUUCUUUCGGAAAUUGAAUAUGACGUGUAUGUAAACAAUGUUGGGACUGGUGUGAAAGAACUGGAUCUCUCUUUCAACCUUAUAACUAAUUUGGCACAGUUUACAUUCCAUCAAUACUCAUCAUUAGAAAAAUUGAUUCUUAACAAUAACGAAUUUGAUGACAUAACAUUUGAUUUCGAACAUCUUACAGACUUAAAAUUAUUGGAUUUAUCCAAUAACAGAAUCAAAUCGUUUAAUCAUAAAAGCAUGAUCAUUUUGUCGCAAUUAAUGAAAAAUCAAAACUUUUCUUUAAAUUUGGAAAAUAACAACCUUCAAUGUACCUGUGACACAAUCAAUUUUCUUCGUUGGAUGCAAAAUAACCUCCAUCAUUUCCAGAACAAUGAUUUAUAUAAAUGUCAAUUAAAAGAUGGCAGUGUUGUGGUACUAAAUGACCUAAAUACAAGUAUAACACGACUAGAAAAACAAUGUCUAUCUUUAACGGGCGUCAUCGUUUGCACAUCUGUGGGUAUCUUUAUUACUUGUAUUAUCAUUGCAAUUAAACUGGUUUAUCGAAAUCGUUGGAUAGUACUUUACUACUAUUAUCUCAAGAAAAGUAAAGAUUUGAACACUUCGGAAUCAACAGAAUUAGAAGAGGGCUUUAUUUAUGACGCAUUCGUUGCUUAUGCGGAAGACGAUAUGAAAUUUGUUCAUGAAGACUGCAUUCAAAACUUGGAAAACGACAAGAACUUAAAACUUUGCAUCCAUCAUCGUGACUUCCUACCUGGAGAAGAAAUAACCGUUAACAUAACUAACGCCAUCCACAGAAGUAGAAAAACAAUAUGUAUAAUCACCAAAUCUUUUCUUGAGUCAUAUUAUUGCAUGUUUGAGUUCAACAUGGCUAAGACGGAGGGCAUUUAUUCUCGAAAGGGAGAGAAUACGUUAAUACUGGUGUUCUGUGAAGAUAUCUUACCACGUGACUUACCUCUUGUGUUGUUGGAGCUUGUACAACGGAGAUCUUACAUUCCUUAUCAUGAUGAUCAACGAGGAAAUAUUGAAUUCUGGGAGAGAAUAAAAGAGGCCAUUUGUGGCAGUGAGUUGGAGGUACGAAUGCUGAGCAUUUCAACUGUGUAAUACAACACUUUUUAAAUUUUAAGCAGGCUUAGAAAAUGUUCAUUCUAGAGUAUAUAAAUCAUGUCUAUGCACCAGGCUUAUAACUAUAUAUUAAAUUGUGCC